AUGUCUGGAAAUCUGGGGAAUCCAUUUAUGAGUAAUACCCCAACGUCAUCACCAUUAAAAGGGAAAAAUAAACUCACUGAUUCCUUAAGAGUCUCAAAGAGAAAUUCUGCAUCUCCUGCUAAUAGUAAUAGUAGUGGUGGUAUAUUAGGGAUAACUGCAUCACCAACGAGGAGACCUCGUACAACAGGUUCAGUGAUAUAUGCUGAUAGAUACCUACCGACACGAACAGAGGUAAGUCUGCAUGCUAUAUCAUCAAUUGGUAAUAGUAGUAAUGUACCGACUUUAACCAGUGUCGAUACAGAAAAUCAAGUUGAAUCACAAAGAGAACGUAAUGCUCAUGAAACUUUUGAUACUGUGUUAAAAAAUGAAAUCUUUGGGGAAUUAUUAACAAAGGAUGCAAUUUCAAAGGAGACAAGUAUAGAUAGAAUUAAAAAUACUACAGAUAUGAUACAACAAUCUUCAACGUCAUCUUCAUGGCUAGCUACACCAUCUCCAGAGAGAAGACGUCAACAACACGAUAUGUCUGAAAAUGGAGGAGAAUCAUCUUCAAUAUCUGCUCCAGUUACCCCAAGGAGAUUAUUUCCUUCAACGCAGCAGGAUGAUGAUUUAAUGUAUCGAUCUUCAACAAAUUCUUCUCGAGGGGCAACUUUAUUAAGUUAUAGUCAUAGAUCUUCAACAAGAAGACCCUCCACAGCAUCUUUAUUACAAUCACAAUUCUUUGAUCCUGUAUCUCCAGUGAGACCAGAAUCAAAACAACUAUUAUUAUCUCCAAGUAAACAAACUAGAAAAAUUUCAAAAGUUCCUUACAGAGUUCUUGACGCACCUUCAUUAGCAGACGAUUUUUAUUAUGAUCUUAUAGAUUGGUCCUCUACAGAUAUGCUAGCUGUUGCAUUAGGUAAAUCCAUUUUCUUAACCAAUAAUGCUACCGGAGAAGUAUUCCAUUUAUGUGAUACAGAGAUGGAUUUUACUAGUUUAAGUUGGGUGGGAGCUGGCUCUCAUUUAGCUGUAGGACAACGUGAUGGUUUAGUGGAUAUAUAUGAUGUUACAAAGAAAAAAUGUAUAAGGACAAUGUCAGGCCAAACAGAUAGAGUUUCUUGUUUGAGUUGGAAUAAUUAUAUUUUAUCAUCAGGUAGCAGAGAUCGAUCUAUAUUGCAUCGUGAUGUAAGAAUGCCUGAUCCAUUUUUUGAAAGAUUAGAGACUCAUACACAGGAAGUUUGUGGAUUGAAAUGGAAUGUUGAAGAAAAUAAAUUGGCAUCUGGUGGGAAUGAUAAUAUUGUAAAUGUAUAUGAUGGCACUUCAAGAACACCUACAGUGGUGUUUCAAGAACACACUGCUGCUGUUAAAGCUAUUGCUUGGUCUCCACAUAAAAGAUCAACUUUGGCAACAGGUGGUGGUACAGCAGAUAAGAAAUUAAAGAUAUGGAAUGUUAAUACAUCAACCAAGAUUAGUGACAGAGAUACUGGAUCUCAAAUAUGUAAUAUGAUAUGGUCUAGAAAUACCGAUGAAAUUGUCACUUCUCAUGGGUAUUCUAAAUAUAAUUUGACAUUAUGGGAUUUCCCGUCAAUGGAUCCAAUUGCAAUUCUGAAAGGCCAUAGUUUCAGAGUUCUACAUUUGACUUUAUCAGCAGAUGGAACCACUGUAGUCUCUGGGGCUGGUGAUGAAACUUUAAGAUAUUGGAAAUUGUUUGAUAAACCAAAGCAUAAAAUACCGACAAACUCUUCGGUUAUUUUCAAUUCAGUUAACAGAAUUAGAUAG